AUGGCCUCUUCGAGGGUGAUCAGCAUGCGCUCGCUUUCUACAAGGAUUGGGCAUAUGAUCAUCAUUAUCACACGGGUAUUUUAUUGGAUGCUGAUGACAGAACGGCCGCUGAGCCGCGAAGAAGCCGAUUUCCCGCUCGCGUAUGGUCUGGUGGUAUACAAGAACAUUAUGCAGGUUCUCCAUAUGCUCUCAGCCUUCUACCAGCCCCAAAAUCUGUAUUGCAUCGCGAUGGACGGUCAUGCGAACGAAACGUUUAAAACGUUGAUGCGGAAUGUGGGGGGCUGUUUUUCGAAUAUUCACAUCAUCGAAAUCCCAAGGAUCGGCUGGGGCGAAUAUGGCAUCGUGACGGCCGUCUGGUCCUGCCUCAAAUAUGCUGCCGCUUCGCAAAAUCAAUGGAAAUAUUAUCAGUACCUAUCCGGCGUCGACGUGCCUUUGAAGACGAACCUCGAGAUGGUGCGCAUAUUCAAGGCCCUCAACGGUUCAAUGAAUAUGGAAUUUAUCGAAUUCCAACCCGGCAGGCUUAAUGGCAGAAAGGUCGCCAAAUACCUUCGCUUUCUGAACGGAACUUCCAUUCCCGAUGAGGCGUUGUGGGCGACGCUUGGUGGAAACCCAAAAGUUCUGCCGUAUCGCGGCAGCAUCCCAUCGUCCGACUUCUUGGGGCUGAAGCGCGCCGCCGCCGAGGCUCACCAACGCCUACUCCGGGAGGCCGAAAACAGCUCGGAGAAGGCGCACAUCCGCGGCGAAUUCUACCCGACGGCCAGUUUUGACACCCCGAAUCGCUACUACGUCUCGCGCCCGGAACUGGUGGCACACAAGCUAUACAUCGAUUACGAGCCGGCCACCUUCUUCUGUUUGCUGAAGGAACACCAAAAAAGGACGUAUUUGCCGCGGCCGUUUAAUGCGUCCAGAUACUCGGAGCUUCCCCAGGUCGAAUAUCUGCGGGGAGUGCCACUCGACAAGCUAACUCAUCCUUAUUUUAUCAAC